GGUUCCUAGAUUCUAUAAGAUCUCAUUGCCGCUGCUUCUUCACCACCAGCUUGCCAGCUUUCUCCUUUUCUGAGAGAAGAAUAUAAGAGAGGAAGAAAGUUCCUGUUUUGGAGCUUUGAUCCCAGUGUUUUGCUUGAGAAUCACACAGAAAAGGCCAAAAGAUCGCAUCUUUACAUGGCUUGUAGUUUGGAUUUCUUCUCUUCCGAAGCUAUCAAAUCCAGGUAAUCAAGGAGGAAAGAGAAGAAUAUCCACACUUGAGCUCCAAAAAGGAAGAAAGAACCCGACUUGAUCACUUUCCCUCGUUGUUCCUGAACCAGGCACCGUUGGUAAACGGGUAAAGGUCCCACCUUUGACUCGAUUGCUCAACCUAGCGAGGCGAGGAACGAUGGACAGGCUCCAAGGAAACCUGCAGUCCUUCUUCCACAACAGAUGGUUGGUGUUUGUGGCGGCAAUGUGGAUGCAGUCCUGGGCCGGGAUCGGCUACUUGUUCGGCAGCAUCUCGCCGGUGAUAAAGAGUUCCAUGGGCUACAACCAGCGCCAGAUCGCCAGCCUCGGCGUCGCCAAGGACCUCGGCGACAGCGUCGGGUUCCUCGCCGGCACCCUCUGCGAAAUCCUUCCCCUUUGGGUCGCUCUCCUCAUCGGCGCGCUGCAGAACUUGAUCGGCUAUGGAUUGGUUUGGCUCGUCGUGACACGACAAGUGCCGGUUUUGCCUCUCUGGGUGAUGUGCAUUCUGAUCUUUGUUGGCAACAAUGGAGAGACAUACUUCAACACUGCUGCCUUGGUUUCUUGUGUGCAAAACUUCCCUAAGAGCAGGGGACCUGUGGUGGGCAUCCUGAAGGGAUUUGCCGGUCUAAGUGGUGCUAUUUUAACUCAAUUAUAUGCUAUGAUCCACAUCCCGAAUCAUGCGGCUCUCAUUUUUAUGGUCGCAGUUGGGCCGACCAUGGUGGUGAUGGCCUUGAUGUUCAUCGUGAGACCUGUUGGGGGUCACAGACAAGUGAGGCCUUCUGACGAUUACAGCUUUAGCUUCAUCUACAGUGUGUGCUUGAUUCUGGCUGCUUAUCUGCUGGGUGUCAUGCUCCUCGAAGAUCUAAUCGACUUGAGCCGAACUGUGAUCACCACGUUUACUCUCAUUUUGAUCCUUAUUCUUUUAGUCCCUGUAGCAAUACCUGUGCUCUUGACGUCGAGUUCCUCCGAAGACCCUGCAGCCACUCGAGAGAGUCUUUUACCUGAGAAUACGAAAGGAGGAGGGGGAGGAGUCGGAUCCCAGGAACAAGCUGAGGUUAUUCUGAGCGAGGUUGAAGACGAGAAGCCUAAGGAAGUCGACUCGCUUCCUGAAUUAGAGAGGCAGAAAAGAAUUGCGCAGUUGCAAGCAAGACUGUUUCAGGCUGCAGCCGAAGGAGCUGUGAGAGUCAGGAGGAAAAGAGGACCACGUCGGGGAGAGGACUUCACGCUGUUACAAGCUCUAAUUAAAGCAGAUUUCUGGCUAUUGUUCUUCUCUCUGCUGUUGGGAUCAGGAUCUGGUCUGACGGUCAUCGAUAAUUUGGGUCAGAUGAGCCAAUCUUUGGGUUAUGAGGACACUCAUAUUUUUGUCUCCAUGAUCAGCAUUUGGAAUUUUCUUGGACGUAUCGGUGGAGGUUAUGUUUCUGAGAUCAUCGUCAGGAAUCGGGCGUAUCCGAGGCCUGUAGCGCUGGCAGUAGCUCAGGUUCUGAUGGCACUCGGACAUUUUUGCUUUGCAAUGGCUUGGCCACGGGCAAUGUACAUCGGCACUCUGCUCAUUGGGCUCGGAUAUGGUGCGCACUGGUCUAUCGUGCCAGCUGCUGCCUCUGAACUGUUUGGCUUGAAGAACUUUGGAGCACUGUACAAUUUUCUCACCGUCGCAAAUCCAGCAGGUUCAUUAGUGUUCUCUGGUCUGAUUGUUAGUGGUAUGUAUGAUCACGAAGCCGAGAAACAAGCUCGAAAUCGACAUAGUUCGUCAGCCUUCUUGUUUGGAAGAAUGCUCGAUGCAGCAAGCUUCAGCGAGGAGAAGACACUCCAGUGUGAAGGAGCCAUAUGCUUCUUCCUUUCUUCCUUGUUGAUGUCGGGACUCUGUGUCGUCGCAGUGAUCUUGAGCAUGAUUCUUGUGCACAGGACCAAGGUCGUCUAUGCCAGUCUCUACGGAAAUGGUACGUGAGAUCCUGAUUCAUUUUCCUGGAGUGUUGUGUCUGCUUCCAAGUAGUCGUGGCCUACUGCUUGAGUUUCGAUUUGUCGGUCGUAUCGUUGUAUUUAUUCUGUGCAAAAGUGAAUAAGUAUUGUGUAAAACGCUUGUGCAUAGCUUCUGAUGUUCCAAACCAUCUACACUUGAGUUUU